AUGGCAGAGGUGGGCCCACACCUUCUCUUGGACAUGCAGGAGACAAGCUUCAAGUAUGUGAUCUACACGCACCUCUCAGAUGCCGGGAAGCAAAUGGCGGCUGGCAGGCGUUCAGGAGCCUGCGGUCUCAUGGCCCUCACGGAGACUUCGGAUGGGCUGUUGGUUUUCGGUCAGCGCUCGCAGUACGUUGGAGCCUUUCCGGGCUACUUCCACUGCGUGCCGGCAGGGGUCGUGGAUGCGCCGGAUCUCUUGCACAUUGUGCAGAAGGAGCUCGAUGAAGAGGCCGGCGUGGACUGGUCCGGCGUUUGCAGAUGCGACUUCUUUGCCUUGCUGGACACCGGGGCCGAACAGGGCCACAAGUACGAGUUUGUGUUGCACCUGCGUUUGGGGCUGUCCGCCAGUGAAGUGUUCAGGCGAUACCAAAGCGCAACCGACAAGAAGGAGCACGAGGCCUUCCUGUUUCUAUGGAAUGGGUCCCAGACAGCAAGGGGUGAGGUGCCAAACGACCUUCCUGUUGUGGAUGUGGCGGACUUCCUGUCGGGCGACUACCUCAUCACCGACGUGGCCCGACGAUCCUUACAGCUUUUUCAGGAGUCCGCAGGCUGCAGGACUUGA